AUGGACGGAGACGUCGCCGUGGAGCCUGAGGUUGACUCUUUCAGUCUGGUACUGCCGCUCCCUUACAGAGUCGCAAUCAUAGUUGUUCUUGGUAUUUGGGCAUGGGGUCUCAAUCUACACUAUUUGUAUCUCAUCAAGAUUGAUGUGCCAGCAUUGAUUCGGUAUCCUCCUCGACAAGCACAGCAUCAUCACUACUCGACGUAUCGCCUGGCUUCUUUCCUCACAAUCCCACUGGUUGCCUCCCUUCUCCUCUUCUGGGCAGUCACUCGGGGCGACCAGCGCGCAGCUCUACGAUGGCAGAUCCUUCCACAAUCCUACCUCUUACUUCUCGUUGUGUCCUUUUUCCUCCCACUCAAACGCAUGUCACGGUCUGGUCGGCUACAUUUUCUGAAGUCUCUGAAAAGAAUCGGCGUGGGAGGUCUGGCGGAAGUCCAGGAUGGGAAGUUUGGGGAUAUCUUACUGGCUGAUGUUCUCACGAGUUACGCAAAAGUCCUGGGUGAUCUGUUCGUUUCGACAUGCAUGCUCCUUGAUACGAAGACAGCCAGUACAGCGAAGCCAAAUCGCGGAUGUGGAGGGGCAUAUCUCGUACCCCUGAUUAUCAGCAUCCCGAGCAUGAUUCGAUUGAGGCAGUGUCUGAUCGAGUUCUCUCGAGUUCGGAGGCAUCGGUCGAGUUCUUCAGGUUGGGGCGGCCAACACCUAGCCAAUGCAUUAAAAUAUUUCAGCGCAUUUCCAGUCAUCAUCCUGAGUGCUUUACAACGAGGUUAUGAUCCUACCAAAUUCCAUAUGAGCGAGGCCGGGCUGUUCAGGCUAUGGAUGUUUUUCGUGUUUGUCAACUCAUUCUAUUCUUUCUACUGGGACGUGGCCAAAGACUGGGACCUUUCCCUGUUCUCCUCCAGCCGCGAAAGAAACAACCCGGAAUACCCCUGGGGUUUGCGACGUCACCGGUACUUCCAUGCAAAAGAGAUGUAUUAUAGUGCGAUUGUUCUAGAUUUCCUCCUUCGGUGUACCUGGAGUUUCAAACUAUCGCCACAUUUGGAUCACUUUAACGACCUGGAAGGUGGAAUCUUUCUGAUGGAGUUGUUGGAAGUGUUGAGGAGAUGGAUGUGGAUCUUUCUCAGGGUUGAGACGGAAUGGGUUAGGAACAAUCGGGGCCCUGUAACUGACGAUAUACUCCUUGGAGAGUUUGCAGGCAAAAUAGAUGAAGAUUGA